AAGCCCCACAAAAUGACAUUCGAUCUUCUGUUGGUGGCAUGGCAAUCAAUAGGUAAUGACGAGUCUUUUUUCUCCAUUCUCUAUUCCAGAACUGCGCGGGGAAAACAAAUUUCACUGAUUUCAUCUCUGGGAUUGAGUGGCAAAACAAAUGCAACUUAUUUCAGGUGGGCAUUUUAACACAUUUAUGAAUGCAACCAAGUAAGAAAAGAAGAAGUCGAAAAGAAUCCAGAAAAUGGCGACAACGCCACAGCAGCAGCAGCCGCCACCACCAGCGAAGCAACCGAAGGGUCGAGGCCCCUCAGUUAGCAGCAGCAGAUCUGGAGGUCUAAUGACCCACUUCGCCAUGACAGAGUUGAAGCAGAGAAUCCUCACUUCUCUCAACAAGCUUGCGGAUCGAGAUACCCAACAAAUAGCAAUGGAGGACUUGGAAAAAACCAUUGAGGGCCUCAGUCCAGAAGGCAUCAUUGUGUGCCUCAACUGCCUCUAUGACACAGAUUUCCAGCACAAGGGCAUUGUCCGCAAGGAAUGUGUUAAGCUGCUGGGUACCAUGGCAACUACGCACACUGAUUUAAUCUCUCCCCAUCUGACGAAAAUAGUGAUCCACAUUGUGAAGAGGCUCAAGGACCCUGAUUCCAGUGUUCGGGAUGCCUGCCAUGCCACAAUGGGCGUCCUGGCAGCCCACUAUCUUCAUGCAAACGGAGCGGGCUCUUCCCUCGUUUCCGUGUUUGUGAAGCCCCUGUUUGAGGCUAUGGGGGAGCAAACGAAAAGUGUGCAGAGUGGAUCUGCAAUGUGCCUUGCGAAACUCAUUGAAAAUGCCAAGGACCCACCUCUUCAUGCCUUCCAACGACUGUGUCCUAAAAUCUGCAAGCUUUUGAGUAAUCCCAACUUCUUGGCCAAGGCGCAGUUGCUCUCUGUCUUUGGAAGUCUUUCACAGGUUGGAGCGAUUUCUCAGCAACAUUUGUUGACAUUGAUGCCAUGCAUAACUGAAUCCCUUGAAAGUACAGACUGGGCCACUCGUAAAGGGGCAGCUGAUACCUUGAGCAGGAUGGCAACUCAUUCAAGCCAUAUUUUAACAAGUUUCAAGACUUCAACCAUUGCAUUACUUGAGGCCUGUCGAUUUGAUAAGGUGAAACCAGUAAGAGAUAGUAUGGUAGAGGCACUACAACUGUGGAAGAAUAUUCCAGGGCCUGAAGAUGAAUCAAAUUCAGCAGCACCAACAUUGCAAUCUCUAGCAGAAACUCAAACUGCAAAGGUGACUCAGACCUUGGAAAAGGUGGAUCUUGAACAUUCAAAUUCUACAACACAAAAAGUGAAUUCACCACACAAAGUUUCAUUAGAAGGUCAAAAUCUUGGUUCAAACUCUCUUUCCAAUUUACAAGGUGGUAACAUAUCUGAAAAGACAGCAGGAUUUUUGAAGAAAAAGGCUCCUGUAUUGACUGACAAAGAACUAAAUCCUGAUUUUUUCCAAAAGCUUGAGAAAAAGGGACCAGAUGAAUGGCAAGUUGAAGUAGCUGUCUCUCGGGGACGCCCACCAUCUGCUCAAUCUGAAAAUGGACAGAUUGAGGCAUCAGCUGCAAGCCAAGAAGGUGAAAAUUUGGAUGUAGUUGGCAUGCAAAACACAGGGGAUACUUACAAUGGGCUUGAUAAUACAGAUGACUUCUCACAAGAUCAGUGGAUGGAAAGAAGAUCUCUAAGAAACAGAGAUUCAAAAGCAAGAAAUAUGGAAUUGGAUGAUUGGAAUGAUCUUAAUCAGAGGGACACUGGUGGUACAAGAACCAAUUUUUUGAAAGCUGAAACUUAUGGUGAUUCCCAAAUCACAAGUGGAAAAGGCAACUGGGUAGUCAUCCAGCGACAGUUGUCACAAAUGGAACGCCAGCAGGCCAUGUUGAUGGAAAUGUUACAGGAUUUCAUGGGAAACUCUCAGCAUAGCAUGGUCUCCUUGGAAAACAGGGUGCGGAGUCUUGAGAGGGUUGUUGAUGAUAUGGCUCGAGAUUUGGCCUUUUCAGCAGGAAGGCGAGCAGGCAGUCACAUGAUGGGAUAUGAAGGUCCAACGAAUAGAAAUGGGAACAGAUAUCAUGGGGCACCUGAUUAUCCCGGCCCCAAGUUUUCUAAAGGGAAUGAUGGGCGGGCUUCUUUUUCUGAAUGGUAUACUCAACCUGAUUCUAUUCCAUUAGGAGCCAGAGGACCAAGAGAGUCCCAGUGGAGGUCUUCUGAUUCUGGUCCUGAUAUGUGGGACAAUUAUUCACAUGGAUCUUUUAGGAAUGGUCAUUUACCUGAAGGGCAAGUAAGCUCACGGAGAGGUAUAGUUGGUAUUUCAAAUGAUGGUAGGUUUUCAAGGCAGGAGCAUCAAGAUGGGGAGCAAGUUGUUAGCAGAAGAGGUUGGGAGAGGGGAUCAGGACCUGUCCGAGAGGGUCCAUCUGCAAGAAGUGUUUGGCAGGCUUCAAAAGAUGAAGCAACUCUUGCUGCAAUUAGAGUAGCUGGAGAAGAUGCCCAGACAUCUAGGGGUUCCUCAAGAGUGGCUGUUCCUGAAUUGGAUGGGGAAGUGUUACAGUACAGUAAUCCAGGACAAGGGAAGUUGUGGACUGCAUGGAACCGUGCACUGGAAAGCCUGCAUGUAGGAGAUAUUGAUUUAGCUUAUGGUGAGGUACUCAUUACAGGAGAUGAGCUCUUGCUGGCGAGGCUAAUGAGUAAAUCGGGUCCAGUUCUUGAUCAGCUUUCCACUGGGACAGCAGCUGAUGCAUUACAUGCUAUUGGACAAUUUUUACAGCAACAAAGCUUCUUUGACUUUGGAAUACAAUGGAUUCAACAGCUUGCAGAUAUGGUUGUUGAAAGUGAUCCAGAUUGUUUGGGGCUUCCUCUAGAUGUGAAGAAAGAGCUUCUUCUGGGUCUGCAAGAAUCAUCAGGAAUGGAAUUACCAGAAGAUUGGGAGGGUAAUACAGUUGAUGAAAUUUUAUUACAGUUAGCAAGUGCAUGGUCCAUUGACUUGCCUCAAAAUGGAGCAAACAAUUAACUUGAGUCAUGCAAUUUGGCUCAAUUAUCUGAUAUAUAUUUGUUGCAAGUUGUACACCCCUAGUAUCUGUUCUGAUUAAAAUGAUAACUGAAUAUAUGAGUUUCAUAUGAUCUAUGCGUUCAUUAUCCAUCAUUGUUUUUGGCUUAAUCUCUAAAACAUGUCUCGUGUACUUGGAUAUUGUGCUGCAGCUUGUACAAUAUGUGUAAAUGUAUUAUUCAAUUUGAUAAUGAAACCUUAUAAUGUGUCCAA